AUGAACCGCUACACUACCAUGCGGCAGCUGGGCGACGGCACCUACGGGAGCGUGCUGAUGGGCCGGAGCAACGAGUCGGGGGAGCUGGUGGCCAUCAAGAGGAUGAAGAGGAAAUUCUACUCUUGGGAUGAAUGCAUGAACUUGAGAGAAGUGAAGUCUCUGAAGAAGCUGAAUCAUGCCAAUGUGAUUAAACUGAAAGAAGUUAUCAGAGAAAACGACCACCUUUAUUUUAUAUUUGAGUAUAUGAAAGAGAACCUCUAUCAGUUAAUGAAGGACAGAAACAAGCUGUUCCCCGAGUCGGUCAUUCGGAACAUCAUGUACCAGAUCCUGCAGGGACUGGCCUUCAUCCACAAGCACGGUUUUUUCCACAGGGAUAUGAAGCCGGAAAACCUGCUUUGCAUGGGGCCGGAGCUGGUGAAGAUCGCGGACUUUGGGCUGGCGCGAGAGCUGAGGUCGCAGCCACCGUACACAGACUACGUGUCCACCAGGUGGUACCGAGCCCCUGAGGUUUUGCUACGCUCCUCAGUUUACAGUUCGCCCAUCGACAUGUGGGCUGUCGGGAGCAUAAUGGCCGAACUGUACACGCUAAGACCUCUGUUCCCAGGGACAAGCGAGGUCGACGAAAUCUUCAAGAUUUGCCAAGUCCUAGGGACUCCCAAAAAAAGCGACUGGCCAGAAGGGCACCAGCUGGCAUCCUCCAUGAACUUCCGCUUCCCCCAGUGUGUGCCCAUCAACCUGAAAACCCUCAUCCCCAAUGCCAGCAAUGAGGCCAUUCAGCUCAUGACCGACAUGCUGAACUGGGACCCAAAGAAGAGGCCAACCGCCAGCCAGGCGCUGAAACACCCCUAUUUCCAAGUGGGCCAAGUCCUGGGCUCUUCCGCGCACCACCUGGAUGUCAAGCCCAUCCCGAAGCAGCCGGCGCAGCCCCCAGACACCCCACCCUGUGCGGACCCCACGGCCCAGCCCCCGCCGGAUGCUGGGGCACCCCCAGCCCAGCGCAGCCAGCAGCCCCUGCAGCCCAUCCAGCCACCGCAGCUCUCGGGGGGCCUACAGGCACCCCGACAGCACCCCCAGCGGCUGCCACAGACGCUGUUUCCGAGCAUCAUCAAGAACACGCCCUCCAAGCCGGCGGGCACCGUGGGCCUCAAGGGGCCUCGGCGGCGCUGGGGCCAGGCGGCCGUGCGCUCCGGGGACGGCUGGGAGGGCCCCGAGGACGGCAACGUGGGGGCCCCCCUCUGGCGGCGGCCGGGUGUGGCCGCAUUCAAAGAAAACCGGAGGAAGGACUCCCCAUUCAGGCCUGUGGACUCUGUGCCCCCGGGUGCCGGCCACACCGGCGGAGAAAACAAGAGCUUGCCUGCUGCACCCCUGAAGUCUGAGCCUGAGCUGCCCGCGGCGUCCACGGCCAAGCAGUACUACCUGAAGCAGUCGCGCUACCUGCCGGGUGUGAACCCCAAGAACGUGGCUCUGGUGGCCGGGGGGAAGGAUGUGAACCCACACGGCUGGAACAGCCCGUUUUUCCCGAAGUCGCUGGGGCCGCUGGGAGCAGAACUCGCCUUCAGGAGGAACAACGCAGGAAACCCCGGAGGGCACGCUGCUUUCGGCCAGUCGGGGUACGUGCCUUCCUUCCUCAAGAAAGAAGUGGGGUCCACUGGCCAGAGGAUACACUUGGCCCCGCUGGGGCCGGCAGCCUCAGAAUACAGCUGGCACACGAAGGCUGGCCAGGGGCAGUUUUCAGGGCCCACGUUCAACCCUGCGGCCAGGGCCCUGAACGUCGUGGGCCGCGCCCAGCCGGUGUCCUCGGUGCACGGGCGGACAGACUGGGUGGCCAAGUACGGGGGCCACCGGUAG